AUUUAACGGGUCCUGAUAAACCCGGAAGUCUGCUGCUCACAUGUUCUUGUUUACAUUAGCAAGUUGCUAAGCGCUUAUUUUGUACUCUGUGCAACAGCAACAAUUUACCUGGUGCUUCUAAACUCCUGAACAAUAAAUCGGUACAACAGGAUGAAGGUGGUCGCGUUGAUAAGUGGAGGUAAAGACAGCUGCUACAACAUGAUGCAGUGUGUUGCAGCUGGACACAGACUCGUGGCUUUGGCCAACCUCCGCCCUGCUGACACAGAUGAACUGGACAGCUACAUGUACCAGACAGUGGGCCACCAGGCUAUCGAGCUGUAUGCGGACGCCAUGGACCUGCCGCUGUAUCGACACACCAUUCAGGGCUCAAGCCUGGACACCAGCAGGAACUACAGCGAGACGGAGGGGGACGAGGUGGAAGACCUGUACCAGCUGCUGCAUCUUGUCAAGGAAAAGGAAGGUGUUGAGGCGGUGUCUGUGGGGGCCAUUAUGUCUGAUUACCAGAGAGUCCGUGUGGAGAAUGUAUGCUCACGGCUUCACUUGCAGCCCUUGGCUUACCUGUGGCACCGGAACCAAGAGUCCCUUCUUCGCGAGAUGAUAUCAUCUGACCUACAUGCCAUCCUCAUCAAAGUGGCCGCCUUAGGCCUGGAUCCAGAGAAGCACUUAGGAAAAUCGCUUGCUGACAUGGAGCCAUAUUUGAAAGAGCUUUCUGAAAAAUAUGGAGUCAAUAUUUGUGGUGAAGGAGGAGAAUAUGAAACAUUCACCCUUGAUUGUCCUCUCUUCAAAAAAAAGAUUGUUAUUGAUGCAGCAGAAACGGUGAUCCACUCAGCAGAUGCGUUUGCUCCAGUCGGCUACCUGCGCUUCACCAAAAUGCACACGGAGAGCAAAAGCGGCGACUUGGUGGCAGGAGCUUUGCCCCAUGGUAGUUGUCCUUGCCAGAAAGCCAUUGACAAGAUGACGGAGGAGUUGGAAUAUGCUGAUCGAGCCGAAGACGACCCGUGCAAAUUUACAUCAAAUUCUGACCUUGGUUGUCAGGGGGGCCACGAAAUUCGUCCGUCUGUCUCCCAAAGAAGCUCCAGAGGUUUUCGGUGGAUCUCUGGCAUCCAUGGACUCCAGAGUGAAGACGCUGGGAUUGAGGGACAGACGUUGGCUGCUUUCAAAAUGCUGAAAAAUGAGUUGGAAAGCAGAUGUUUGGAGGUGAAAAAUAUUGUUUUGGUUCACUUGUAUGUGAGGAGGAUGCAGGACUUUGUUUCCCUUAACGACGUCUAUAAGAAAUAUUUCACCACAAACCCUCCAGCCAGGGUGUGUGUCCAGGCACCGCUUCCUGCUGGUCACCUCCUUCAGAUGGACUGUCUGCUCCAUAACCGGCCUGAACACUCAGAGGAAAACCGUUUCCAUCAGAGAGAAGCCCUCCAUGUCCAGAGCCUGUCACACUGGGCACCAGCCAACAUCGGGCCGUACAGCCAGGCCCUGAGGGUGAAUGAAGAGGUUUUCUGCGCUGGUCAAAUCGCUCUGGUCCCUUGCACUCUGCAGCUGCUUCAGGGCAGCAUCCAUCUUCAAACCCAGCUGGUCUUCAGCCACGUGAAGAAGGUUCUGGAAGCGACGAUCCACAGCUUGACUUUGGCUCAUGUCAUGCAGGCUCAUUGCUACAUCACGAGGUGCCAGGACGUCUGUCUGGUUAGAAACGCCUGGAAGAGCAUCCUGAGGAACACAGAGGCGGAGGAUUCAUUGUGGGAAUCUGAGAUCAAACCUGCGCCACUGUUAAUCGUAGUGGUGCCCGCCUUACCCAAGGAUGCAGCCGUUGAGCUUCACGUGACCGCGGUUCAAGACGACCCCGCCAGAAGAACCGUUAGUCACACGACUGCUGAGGUGGCAUGUUCAGCCAUUGAGUGCCACACGAUGCAGUCGGCUGACGGCCAUAGUGGCUUGGUCGCCAUCUCUGUGUCCAGUGAUGCCCCUACUGAUGUCAGGCAGGUGACAGAAGAACUUUGCACCACUUUUGUUAAAGUCAUGAAGAUGAUGGACGCCAAGCUGGUGCCACAGUGUGCAAGAGUGUUCUACAAGUGCAGCCACUUACUGGGACUGCAGAUUGUUAAAGGACUUGAAGAAAGCCUGAAAAGCUCCUUGCUAGAGUCCAGUCCGUCGGUGGCUUUGGUUCCUGUUCUGGAUUUGCCCGACUCCAAGAUCCUCCACCUGUCAUGCUGGUUCAGUUCAUAGAACUGAACUGAUACACUUGAACACCUAAAUUGUUUGAAAUGGAAAGUACACAUGUAUCCAAGUAUGUAUGUAUUCCAUUUCAGGUUAACCAAUAUGAACCUCCACCUCACAAAGACGUUUGUAUCAUCUGCAUACCACAGAACCCAGCGACGCCUCAUUCCAUCAGGCAGUACCCGCUGAUAUCCCGCUGUUUGCGGUGGAAUUUUUCUUAACCUGCAUCCCUAAUAAAGGCUGAGCCGCCACCUCUGACACCAUC